AUGGCUGAGACGGUCGCUGGCGACGUCCCGAUGGCCGACGCGUCAGAGGUCGGCAAUUCUGCCGUUGACCAGGACAACCAGCCUACAACGACGACGACUACUACGACCACCGAAGACAGCGCCGGCAGCGUCCAUCAAGAUACCCGGCAGCAGUCCGCGCCGGCCGGCUCCGACACGGCCACGCCGGCCGAUGCCGCCUCGGCCCCGGCCCCAGGAGCGUUCCCAAAGAAACGCCGUGGCCGUCCCCCGGGCCGUCCCAACGCGACGGUGCGCGACGCCGACUACGAAGAGAAUGAACUCGUCAAGAUCUGGAACACAGCCAAGACCGAGCCGGCAGUGCCCGUAGUGAGCAUCAACAUCCGCGACGCGCUGACCGAGCAAUCCUUGGUGCACGACACGCAGCGCACCAUCUUCCGCCUCGCCAGCCGCGAAACCAUCCUGUUCGUCCAGGGCUGGAUCACGGCCAAGCAUAUCGCUUCGCAGCGGCCGAGCUACGUCAAUGGCCUGCUGAUUCACUCGCGUGGCCACGACGCGGCGGUUUCGUGUGCGCAGUGUGUUGAGAAGCGUGGGAAGGGGGCGCUGGGCCCGUUUAUGGUUUGUCGCGUGCUGCCGGGGUAUUAUCAUGAUAGUUGCUCGAACUGCAAGUGGUUUGAUAAUACUUCGUCUUGCUCGCUGUAUACGGGCAGUCGGCCGAAUCGGAAGCGCAAGGCGAAGGAGCUUUUGCCGGCUCCGGCCUCGGGCGAGGAUGGGUCAGCCGAUGCGGAUGGGACUACUACUCCUACUGCGACCAACGGUGACCAGGGCGAGGAAUCCAAAUCAUCGUCGUCGGCACGCCAACAAGACGGGCCCGUCGACCCGAAACUGCGCGCUACGGGUCUUCCCCAGCCCGAUGCCGACAUGGGCGGGGUGUCUGCUCUGGGCACCGAGUCACCACAGCAAGAGGAGCAGAAAGAGACACCUGCGGGUGAUGAGCACGACCGGGACAACGACGGCGAUGAGUCGGCGGACCCGAGCCCGUCCGACUCACACUCGCAUUUUCAAUUGGGUCCGUCGGCUACGGCCAGAGAUCAGGACCAAGAGGGCGAAGGCGAGGAGGAGGAGGAUUCCGAUUUUGUCGCGGCCCAACUGGCUGCUCAGCUCUUGCCUGAGCUGCAUAGGUCGGAUGUUUAG